AUGGCAUCGAAUCUAGUUGAAAAGACACCCAAUGAGCUUUGUGAGGCGACAAAAAAACCCACUUUAAUUGUUGCUCGUCCAACCAUUACCGUCCGAGAAGCUUUACGAAUGAUGGCCAAUCAUAAUAUUGUAUCUCUACCAAUUUAUUCCCACCAUUCGGACAAUAUUGUUACGAUAGUUGAUAUUGUCGAUAUUCUGAAUUAUAUUAUUAAAGAAGCAGUAGCUGAUGAAAAAUUGCCAUCCAAAAUAAACAGCGAAAAAGCUCGUAAUUUAGAUAGUCAAAUCGAAGCUGUUAUGACUCUAGACUCUGAUCAAGAGAGCUAUAGAAUCUUUAAUACGGACGCAAAUGAAUGUAUAAAAAAUACGCUUAAAGCAUACUCCAAAGGAAUUCAUCGAUCCCUAGUUAUUGAUUAUAACAACAAAAUACCACCAUAUAUCUUAACUCAAUCAGAUAUUAUAAAAUAUAUUCAAGCACAUCCAGAAUGUCUGCCCACCAUCGAUUUUAAAUCGUCAUUGCGCUCCCUGGGACUGUUUAAGGGGCGGAACGUAGUUACUGGUUAUGAUCAUGAGACAGCCUUGAAUGUGUAUCGAAGGAUGGCCGAACAUAAACUAACAGGAAUUGCUAUCGUUAAUAGGGAACGAGAAUUGGUCGGAAAUCUUUCUGCAUCAGAUCUUCGUGGGUUAAGUUAUGAAUCUAUAGAUAGCCUUGUUUCCCUAGUUCUUGAAUUUUUAGCC